AUGAUGCGGACGGACAGCAAAGGCCGAAGUGCCUCCCCUCACAGGAUAACCUAUAAGACUGACUUCCACGCCAUCAAAUGUUCAUUUGACACUGGGACCACUCUACAACCGGGGACCAAAGCCGCUGCCGCCCAGCGCUCUGCUGUGCACUCAACCAGGCUGCUAUCCAGCCUCUCAGAUCCCAUAAUGUCUCACACCAGCACAGGCAGCAGAGGGAGGGUUCGCAGCACCAGGGGGACCAAGAUCAGAGACAACAUCUUCCUGCAAAUGGACAGCCAGCAGCUGAAACAGGAUGGUGGUCCAGUGCUGAGUUCUGGCCCCACACCCCUCCUUUCUCCCCAUAAUCCUAGCCCACAGCUCCAAACGUCACCUUUCUCUGGAUCCAGACGUUCAAUCGUCAGUUCCUCAUCUGUCCCGAGCACUGUGGCCAACAGUUCUACUCCAGCAUCUUCUCUGCAAGAUAAACUAUCGAGGUCUGAGGAGAUAGCAGAUAUCGACAGAGCUGCUCUGGCUCAGAAGUUUUCUGUAACGCGGAGGUUAUUUGAGACCAAGGUUACAGAGGUUGAAGGUGGUGGAGGGCAGGUUUUAAAAGGUAUUACCAGCAGGGGAAGCAAGGGGAUGGCAGAUGGGCAGGGAGAAGAGGAAGAGGGGAGAGGAGGUGUCAGCCAGGUGGAAAAAUGGGAAGAGACAAGUGGGAAAAGUAAGCAUCCAGAGGAGGAUAGCUUUGAUAGAGACAAAUCCAUAAACCCACCCAUCAUAAAUAUUUCCUCACCACAGCCGCCUGCACAGGCCUUGCUGACAAGGCACCCUAAAUCUCCUGUAUCAGAUGGCCCGAGUGAAGCAUCCAAUACGUCUCCUUCCUAUCUUGACAAACAAGGUCAAAGCACAGGAUCACAAACCAACAAAGAAAGGCCUGAGAGCGCAACUCUUGAGCUCUGCUUGACCCCAGAGGAACCGGUGAGGGCAGAACUAGUUGACUUAAAGAACGAGUCGUCGGAAAGUGAUGAGAAUGAAGAAGAGAAGGGGCGGAAAGAGGCUGAAAACUGGCUUAAGGAUGAGUGGGAAAAGUAUACAAAGAAAGUAGCAGGAGAAAGUGAGCAGGAUCUAGUGGAUGAUGUUUUUGAAGGGCCCUGCAUGGAAACAAGGCCAUAUGAGCUGGAAAACAGAGUGGACAUUAGAUCAGGGGGUGGCAGGCCAGUCGUUCCCUCAGAAGAAUACCAGAGGGAGUUAUCAGCCAGUAUGUCAUGUAAAAGAGAGACCAAGGAUGACGGGGAAGGUGGAGAAGACAAGUAUCGGCAGGUGACUGAACAAUGGGAGGGGCAGAGAAGUCAUUUGAUUGCACUGGCUGAGAAGUCGACAGAAAAGGGGGAGUAUGGGGAGAAAAAGACAGAUGAAGGAGUGGAAGAAAGUGCUGGAAGGACAGAGAGAGGCAUGAUGCAGGAGGAUGAUACUGACAAGAAAGAUACAUUGUGCAGUGUGGGAAAGAAGAAAGAAUGGAAACAAAGUCAAGAGGGGGAAAGAAUUGAAGAGGAGGAGAAAAGUGAGAAAGAAGAGCUGCAAGAGGAGCAUGUCAAUGAGGAGGUCAAGCGUGAGGAGUGCAGAGAGGACGGUGAUGGGAAAGAUCAUGCAGGAGGGGGCAAAGAGGACCAGCCAGAAUCUGCAGCUGCCUGUGGGAUUGAGAACGAGGCCUUUGUGUACGAGCAGGAGUCCCAGACUCAUUCAGUGUCACCAAGGCAGGAAUGGGAGAACUCUACACCUGGAGGAAAUCAGCUGUUAUCGGAAUAUGAGGAAAUUCCUGGUGUGCCUGAAGUGGACGAUCAGGAGGAUGAGGAUGCAGCGGAAGUUGUAAAGAGAAAGGUCAGGUUCUCCUCAGCACCAAUCAAGGUGUUCUGCACUUAUUCCAACGCAGAGUACGACAGACACAAUGAGGAUAUUGACCCCGUGUCCGCCUCAGCUGAGUAUGAGCUGGAGAAGAGAGUGGAUAGGAUGGACGUGUUUCCAGUGGAGAUAGAAAAGGGUGUGUAUCCACAUCAGAGUGCAGAAGCAAAGAAAAACGUAACAAAUCCUGUAUCAGGCGACGACGGUCUGGGCAUCAGUAUCAUAGGUAUGGGUGUAGGUGCCGACCAGGGACUGGAAAAACUGGGAAUCUUCGUCAAGACAAUCACUGAAGGAGGAGCAACACAGAAGGAUGGAAGGAUUCAGGUGAAUGACCAGAUAGUGGAUGUGGAUGGGGUGAGUUUGGUUGGAGUCUCCCAGCUGUUCGCAGCCACAGUCCUCAAGAACACGUCAGGCCUCGUCAAGUUUUUGAUUGGCAGAGAGAAGGAGGGGGUGGAGAGCGAGGUCGCCCGACUGAUCAAUGAAAGCCUGGAAAUGGAUAAAACAUCCAGGAAGAGCGGAAGAGCAGGCGGAGAUGAAUAUAAUGAUAGUAGCAUGUCGGAGAGGGGCUCAGUGGCUGAGGAAGAGGAGGAAGACGAGGAGGAGGAUGUGUCUGUUCUUUCCAGCCUGGACAACUACCAGCUCUGCCUCAAAUACCAGCAGCUUCAUUUAAAACUACGAAGCAGAGCAGCCCAGCUUCACCAUGCUAGAGAAAAGUUGAAGGCAUGGGAGGAGCAGCAGGCCUGUUGGGAGAGCCAGAAGAAUGAGUUGGAGCAAAGAGUGGAGGAUGGAGAGGAGAAAGCUGACAAACUAGACAAGUAUUGGCAAGAGGCCCAGACGCUGUGCAGGGUUGUGAGCCAGCGACUGGCUGAUGCCCAGAGCCAAUCAGAGAGCUUGGAGAUCAAAUACAGCAAGGCCAAGAGACUGGUCAGAGAAUACCAGAGCAGAGAGGAGGAGAGGGAGAAAAGAGAAGCCGAUUUGAGGACAGAAAUGGAGGAGAGAGAGAGGCUGCACAAAGAGACAGUCGAAAGACUGCAAAUCCAGAUAGCACAGCUGGAGGGGAAAGCGCCACAAAGACAGAACCACUCUGUGGACUCUCCAUACACAGGUCCAGACUGGAAUAUUCCAGUUCCUGAUACAGAACGUCUAGACUCCAGCGCCCACAUAGCCAGAGCUCAGCUGGCCCAGAAAUCCAAGCGCCACCCGCCCUCGCGAGACAAACUCAGAGAGAGCUUCAGGAAACAGGAAGACGAAGCUCAGAAACACCAGGAGAGCCAGUCGCUGUCUGCUCCCACAGCGGUACAAAAGAGCAGCAGAAGUGACCUGUCCAGCACCUCGUCUCUCUCUGCUCUCAGUCCUCAACCCCCCACCAGCUCCAACUUCACCCCUCCCAUCUACAUCACCAACACCGUCACUCCCUCACCGUGCAAGUCCUCCGCAUCCAGAAAGUCCAAAAGGAAAUUUCCCGACUUCAGUGGCCUUCGCAAGUCCCUCAGCAAAAGGAGAAGUGAGAAACACCGCAAAAGGUCUAUAAAUAACAGAGGGUCGUGUGGUGACCUGGUGGAUGAGCCCACGGGAGUUUCUCCGUCAGGCUCAGUCACCUCCAUGCCUUCUUGCCUGCCCUUUCCCUGGUUUGGAGAGCGAGGGAGGGAAAAAGAAGAGGCCGAGAGAGGCAGGGAGAGGCUUCGAUCCGUGUCCAGCAGCAGUUUACCGUACCUGACGACCACAGGUAGACGAGAUCAGAGUAUUGGUUCUCCAGUGUGCAGCUCCAGCAUGGUGGGUCAUGUCUCUGAUCUGUCACUCUCUGGACACUCUCACACUUUCACCUUUUCCUCCACUGAGACGUUGGACGAUGACCCAGUUCCCACCAAUAACAACAACCAGUGGCAAAGUCGGCCCGUCUUGGAGUGGAACAACCAGCAGGUGUGUCUGUGGUUAAUCGCCAUGAGCAUGGACCAGUACGCGCCUGAGUUCGCUGCCAGAGGUGUGGAUGGGACGCAGCUGCUCAGCAUGGACAGCGAGAAACUCAAGGCUCUGGGGGUGUGCAGCCAUAGCGACCGCUCUGCCCUCAAGAAGAAGCUGAAGGAGAUAAAGAAAAGUGAGGAAAAGGGGCAGAGGAAAGGAGAGAGGAAGUUGAAAGAGGAAAAGGAGAAAGAGAAGAACGCGAUUUUGGAUAAGGAGAGCGAAGAAAAAGAGAAGGCGAUGAUGAUGAUCAUCGAGAAAUCAGCGAAAGACGCCAGACGCAGUGGCAAAACUGUAAGAACCGAGUCACUCCUGUAAAGGUGAUGUCAGAGAUGCGCCACCAGCAUGAGUGUUUGCAGUGUAACACACACAAAAAUGCACUUGAACCAGUCUCUAUGUAGUUGAUAGAAACAGCUAGAUCCACUGCAAACAUCCUCUAUUGUUCACAUCUUGAUAGUCAUCGUUUAGGAUCCAGAACACUUGCUGGUUUUUAAUGGACACACAGAUCUUUGGACCAGAGAGGCUGACUCCAGCACUAAAGUUCACUCUCACAGCAGACACGCAUCUCUCAGUGUAUGUCCAGUGAAAUGUGUGACAAUUUACUGUUUUACAGUGAUUUUUUU